GUAAAAAUACAAAAUUCUUGGACCAGAUCGAUGCCCGUGGCAGAACACACGAGCAACAAAAGGAGUCCGGUGACAAAAGCCUUCGUGAUGGAAUAGCCAACUUUCUCGAGGCCUUUGGAGGAAAAUAUGAAGCGGUAUUGAAUCAUUGCAUUGGAGUUGAUGUAACCGCAUUAGCCAAUACAAACAUAUUUUCAACGCCGACGAUGAUGAGGAUGAAGGCUCACCAAGACAUAAGGGUUAAGUUGAAUCCAAAUAGGGAACAAAUACUAAUCGACAUGACCAAGGAAACGAAUAGUUGA